AUGAUCGAUGCUGCGUUCCGCAAUAGCGUCUGCCAUGUAUGUACCCGUGAUCAUCGCCGAGCUAAGAUAGCCACAGCAAAAGGCGCACAUGAUGAGUCGCCAGUCAGACGCAUCGGUUUGUUAGGAGUGGGGUUCUACUCGAUCUUGCCGGCGACUGAUAAGAUGUCAGACGGCGCAUGGAUCUAUGGCUUGUAUGACGGACGAGAUCCUCUAUCCUCUGCGCCUCCCACGGCUCUAUGUAGGACCGGUCGGGCAAUUCGUAUCUACGCUGCGCCAUGCAUACAAUCUCGCAUAUGCAGCAAAGGCGACGGGAGGUUUAUAGGCGAAUCCUUUCUUGCGAGUUCGCGACCCGACCGAGGAGAAUAUGCGAAGCACGUAAACGGGGACAGGGCGAUCGACAAGGCUGCAACGAUGCUUGAGGGUACGUUUGCUGCAAGCCCAGCAUGCAGUAUCAUUCCCUCAUCGACAGACUUUGCUCUCCUUAUCCUCCCUUGA